UAGGCGUCUGUUGAUUCUUUUCUCUAUGCACAAUAUUAAUCAAUCCACACUCCCCACCCCCACUGAUGACAGCACUAUUCAGCUAACUCAUCCAAUCCAAGAGAGGACCAUUCAUGCUUCUCUCUCUCUCUCUCUCUCUGAUCACUUGUCACUUUUAUCCUUCUUUCCCUCUUUUAUCCUCCUUUCGCUCUCUCUUCUUAUCUGCAUGUACGCUAGACAUAUAGAGAGAGAGAGAGAGAUAUCAAUGCACAGAAGCCUACCUAACUAGCAUCUGCAAAAUCAAUUCAAAAGACAUAUACCUUUCCGAUUCCAACUUUAAUUAAUCACUCUCUCUCACCACACACCACUACAAGAACAAGGAAGACAUUAAACAGUUUCUAUCUACCAACCAAAUCACAAGAGGUAAAGUUAAGAUGCUGGAAACAGUUAAAUACCUGAUAGGGUCGCCGGGUCCAAGCGGGUUCGGGUCCAAGUCCAACGCCGAACAAGUCACGGAAAACUCCGAUCUGCGCUCACUCACGGCCAUUAUUACCGGUGCCACGUCAGGAAUAGGAGCUGAAACGGCAAGAGUUCUGGCGAAACGAGGAGCGAGGCUGGUUCUGCCAGCGCGGAGCCUGAAAGCCGCGGAAGAUACAAAGGCUCGCAUAGUAUCGGAGUUUCCAGAUGCUGACGUCAUGGUUAUGCCGCUCGACCUCAGUUCUCUCACUUCUGUUAGGAACUUCGUGGCUCACUUCCACUCUCUCCGUUUGCCGCUCAAUCUCCUCAUAAACAACGCUGGCAAGUUUGCACAUGAGCAUGCCAUCUCGGAGGAUGGCCUUGAAAUGACCUUCGCCACUAAUUAUCUAGGUCAUUUUUUGUUAACAAAGCUUUUAUUGAAGACGAUGAUCGAGACGGCAGAGAAGACAGGGGUGCAAGGGAGGAUAGUGAACGUGUCGUCGAGCAUCCACGCUUGGUUUUCCGGUGAUGUCAUCUCAUAUUUAGCCUCUAUUAGCCGCAACAACAAAAGCCAUUACGACGCCACACGUGCUUAUGCUCUUUCCAAGCUCGCCAACGUUUUCCACACCAACCAACUUGCUCGCAAGCUCCAGCAAAUGGGGGCGAACGUGACAGUGAACUGUGUGCACCCGGGGAUCGUGAGAACCAGACUCACUAGAGAGCGUGAGGGAUUACUCACAGAUAUAGUUUUCUUUUUGGCUUCCAAGCUCUUAAAGACCAUUCCACAGGCAGCAGCAACAUCAUGUUAUGUGGCGACCCACCCAAGGUUGCAUAACGUGAGUGGCAAGUACUUUGCAGAUUGUAACGAGGCUGUAACAUCAAAGUUGGGAUCCAACUCAACCCAAGCUUCAAGGUUAUGGGCCGUUUCUGAAUUCAUGCUCACCAGGGGUCCUAAAGCUGCCUUUGACCUACUCAAUCACCUUCACUUUUGAUACUCUUGCUGGGGCCAAUGCAAAAAGACACAGCUAUAGAAUUAGGAUUUUAUGGUAAACAAAAAGAUAAAUAGGUGUAGUACAGUGUAGUUGGAGAUUGAAGCCACUUUGCAACCUAAAAAAAAGGGAUGGAUUUUGUGCUCUCUUGAUUUGAUUAGACUCUACUGCAACUCAAGAUAACAGGAAAGAAUUAACUUUGCAGAGUCUUAUGAUCGAUAUUGAAUUAUUGAUUACUAUAUAUGUUUGCCGUUGUGACUUGUAACUAUAUUUUGGUUCUGAUUACUUAGAGUAAACGAUAGGCAUACUUGUUGGUUUUAUUUUGUUAAAAUUUUAAGAUGUAUUUGCUAUAGGUAGUACUAGUUAGAUUGAGUAAAAAUGAUGAUUCAAUGAUUAUAUAGCUAGCUUGGAUUAUAUAUAUUAACAUGGUGGACCUUAGGCUAUAAGGGAAAGUACUUGGAAAUACAUUCGAUUUUUUCUGUCAAUAUGAUGUAUGUAUAUGGGGAUGUAUGUUAAUUAAUUGUGCUUUAAUUUGUGUA